AUGGUGAAUCCAGUGAAGAAAAACUUUCAUUCAGAUGGAAUUGUAAAGAAAAUCAAGAGUUAUGCCAAGAGAAAACAAAUUCCAUUGGUGAUAACAGGUGAGAUUCUUGGCAAUGAAGCGGGCUCAAUGAGUUCGACGUAUCAUGGCUAUUUAAAAUUCACUAAUCACACGCAACUUUCAGUUAUUGUGAAAUAUUUAUCAUUUAAAAGUGUUUGGAAUUAUGUUCACAUAGAAGAAUUGAAUAAUCUGAACAAAACGACUUGUUACUCGAGAAUUGAUUCGAAAAAUAAUGAAUAUUUCAUAAAUACUGAGCAAAGACAACGAAUUGAAUUGAUGCCAACAUCAAGGAUUGUCUCAUUAAAUCUCUCGUACUUCUCUUUUUAUGAAAGAAUUGAACAAAAUGAAACUGAACAAACAUUUUUUCUAAUUAUCAAAAAAUUAGACAAUGCAAUUUCGCUCAGAAAGCAUUUGCAGACCAGCUCCAAUCGAUUAACACUUUCGGCUGUUCAAAAUUUAAUCUAUUCGAUAUUAUUUUCCGUUUUACAGUUAAAACAAAUGUCAAUGAUUCAUCUCGAUCUUAACGUGGGGAAUAUUUUCUUGGUAAAUGAUCCAAACGAUCAAUUCGCAAUUCGAUUUAUUGAUUUUUCAAUUAUGAAAUUGGUUCACAAAUCUCAGUAUAUAGAUGAAGAAAUUUUCAUAAACUAUUCCGAAAAUUUGCAUCAAUCACUUCGGAGUAUUUUCCUCAAUUGCCCAUCCUGCUAUACAUAUCCACUUCCAAUCUUUGCUCAGCAAUACCAACCAGAAUUUGGAUCAUAUUUUAUCGAGCAUCUUAUCUAUGAUCCUUUUUUCUAUCUUCAAGAAAACUUGCAUGUCUAA